UGGACAGCAGAGGAAGCUGGAAUCCAGAGGCGUGAGAUGGGAGUCAGAGCCAUGUCAGGGAGCCAACUGUGGGCUGCCAUGGUCCUGCUGCUGCUGCUGCAGGGUGCACAAUCCGUCUACAUCAAGUACAAUGGCUUCCAAGUACAACUGGAAUCGGUGCAGAAGCUGAGUGAGUUGGAGAAGGAGCAGAUGUCCAACCCCCGACUGAAAACCAGUAGCCUCCUACCCGAUGUGUGCCAUGACCCAGCCUUGCCCGUGGACCUCCAGCCUGUUUGUGCCUCCCAGGAAGCUGCUAGCAUCUUCAAGGCCUUGAGGACCAUCGCCACCGACGAAUGCGAGCUGUGUAUAAAUGUCGCCUGUACUGGCUGCAGCUGAAAAGAUCCUGGGUAUCUUGAGUCCACUCCAGACAUCUACCCCUCCCCAACCCACCCCAUCCACACUCAGGCAUCGUUGGAGC